CGUCCAGCUUGUGCGAUCCAGCUAUUCGUUUGGAACAGUGCGUCCGGUGCAGUUGUGUUUUGCUUUGUUGUGUUGUGCAGCCCUUUGCUCGCAGGAACGAAAGUAGUGUAGUUCAGUUAAAAGGCAUUUCUCUCACACAUAAACCGAUCCCUUCCCCAAAAUGCCAGUUGAUAUUAAGCGUGUGCUAGUGUGCGAUGCCGUUGACAAUGCGUGCGUCAAGCUGCUGCAAGACCAUGGCAUUCAAGUUGACUACAAGCUGAAGCUGUCACAGGAUGAGCUGAUUAAGGAGGUUAAGAAUUAUGAUGCUCUCAUCGUGCGGUCGGACACGAAAAUUACGGCCGAGAUUUUGGACGCGGGCGCCGGCCGGGUGAAGGCGGUCGGACGUGCCGGUGCCGGCGUGGACAACAUCAACAUCGAAGCAGCGACGCGAAACAACGUGCUGGUGCUGAACACUCCCGGCGGCAAUUCGAUUUCGGCGUGCGAGCUGACGUGCUUCCUGAUCGGGGCGCUGGCCCGCCCCAUCUGCCCGGCGGCCACCAGCAUGAAGGAGGGCCGCUGGGACCGGAAGCUGUACUCCGGCUCGGAGCUGUACGGCAAGACGCUCGCCAUUCUCGGGCUCGGUCGCAUCGGGCGCGAGGUCGGCGUACGCAUGAACGCGUUCGGGAUGCGCGUGAUCGGGUUCGAUCCGAUCACGACGGCCGCGGAGGCGAAGGCGGCCGGCAUCGAGAAGAUGGAGCUGGAGCAGAUCUGGCCGUUGGCCGACUACAUCACCGUCCACACGCCGCUCAUUCCUGCCACACGCAAUUUGAUCUCGACCGCUACCCUUGCCAAGUGCCGGAAGGGCGUACGGGUGGUUAACGUCGCCCGGGGUGGCAUCAUCGAUGAGGCCGCCCUGGUGACGGCCCUCGAGAGUGGCCAGUGUGGUGGGGCCGCCGUCGACGUGUACCCGGAGGAGCCCCCGAAAUCGGACACCACUCGGAAGCUCAUCAAUCACCCGAAGGUGGUCGCAACGCCUCACCUGGGUGCCAGUACGUCCGAGGCGCAGGUGCGCGUCGCCGUCGAGGUAGCGGAACAAUUCAUCGCCCUGACGGGCAAAUCGACCGUCUACACGCAGUACGCCGGUGUCGUGAAUCGGGACGUGUUGAAGAAUGUGUUUUAAAUCGAAUCGAACCGAGGCGGCAACUUUGUUACAAAAGCCGGCUAUUUUCGGCAAGCCCGCGGACGCCAAAUCAAUCAUUCCCACGAUGUCGAUGCCGGUGUUGUGACGUCAUCGGUUGCGGCUGCCGCACAUCGGCGCUACACUGCUGCUGUUCCGCCAAUUACUAAUGAAAUCGACCGCAGGGCCGGGAAAUUUGACACCAAACUUCGAGGAAAAAUUGACAAAUGGGAAAGGACACACACACACGCACAAAGUGACAAAAAUUGUAACCAUAAGGGCACACAUUACGAACAUAUACAGAAAAACGAGAGAGCCUUUUUUACGCCGUCAUGGGAAAGGAUCCUAUUGCUUGGCUAAGCGGAAAUAGACAGGAACACAUAAGUAAAAAAUAAAAAAAAAGUAAUAUCCUAAUUUA